AUUCCCUUGCGAUUGAUGCGCAAGAUGGCGUCUUUGCAUUCGAGCGGAUUGUCGACUAGAAAAGUUUUUGCUUACAGUAGUUGAAUCUACAAAGACAUUGAACUUGCCAUGUCUGGGCAACAUGUAAUUGAGAGAUCAGCUACAGGGCCUGUGACCUGCAAUUCAGUAGGCUCUAAAAAUCAAGCUGAACUUCAUGUGCAGACACUGGUUACUGCAUCUACCAAUUCUAAGACUCGCAAUCAUGCAGAUAGUCAAAGCUCUGAUGGCUCUGAGCCAUGCUCUCCACAACCCAUGUCACCUGACCAGGUGCAUGACCUACCUCCUGAAUUGUUGCAAGCUGGAUGGAGAAAGUUUUGGAGCAGACGUGAAGGGAGGCCAUACUAUUUCAAUAAAAUUACAAAUGAAUCUCUUUGGGAGACACCAAUGCUUGGAAUAGCGCAUGACCCAAUCACAGAUCCUUUGGGCAUUAACACAGAGCCUUCCAAUGGCUCUGUUCCUAUCCCUGGAGCUUUAGACAAGAGAUUGAGUCGACCUAGUACAGAAAUUAAUCCCCUUGUUGCUAUCACAAAGCGCAGGGCAAGCUCUGAGCUGUGUGUUGGAAGUCCCUUAAAAAAAGCCCAGCUAAAUUAUAAACCUUUUUGGAAUUUUGAUAUACAUACGAAUGCUGUUAUAAAAGAGCGGGCACCUCUACAUUUGCCGCCCCCUCAUCCUGAGAUUGAGUCAUUUCGUAGUACACUUGUCACAAAGAUUAGAAAGAAUUUACAAGACAUGUGCUCUCAAAGAGAAAAUAUCGACGCUCCAUUGGAUUCUUUUAAUCGAUGGCUUUUAGAGCGAAAGGUCAUUGAUAAAGGAAAGGAUCCUCUUCUGCCUUCAGACUGCACUCCAGAGCUAUCUCGGGCACUUGUUGAUGAGAUAAUGAAUGAUAUACCACUCAAAUUAAUCAGGACAACACUUAUAGUGGAUGCUCGUAGACAGUUAUUCAAAUAUGCUGAAGCUGCCAAAAAAAUGAUAGCGUCAAGCAAUACUUCUUCAACUGAAGGUAGAAAAGUUGUGAAGUGGAAUGUUGAUGAAGUUUUUAAAUGGCUACGCAAGAAAAACAAUUGUGCUCUUGAAGACUAUUUGGAACGUUUGACUCACUUGAAAAGACAAUGCCAGCCUCACUUGUAUGAAGCUGCAGAAGAGUCAGUCAAAAGUAUUGUCAAUAAAAUUUACAAGAUGUCAUCAGAGAGUGUUCAGAAAAUACAGGCGAAAACUUGGGAGUUGUAUAAAGAACAAAAUAUAGCAGAAGGUCAACCAUUGCCACAGCCCACAAACCCACGCCUAACAUACUGCUAUUCAGUUCAACUGAGUAUUCCAUCUAUGCGACUUCCUGUGGUAGAAAGACAGAUUGAAAAUGAGAUUGCCAAUUUGAAAUAUAAAGGUGAAACACUUAAAAUGAAUCAAGAACACUUCUGGAAAAUGGAACAGUUAUAUGGAUUGAAUUGUCGAGAUGAUCCAAGAUUUGAUAACUUUCUAGCAAGAGUUUGGUGUUUACUGAAACGAUAUCAGGCUUACUUUGGAAUUAACCCCAAUGAAGGCAAGGGCAACCAAGGUGCACUAACUCCAGCUGUAAUGGAGUGCCUCCACCGGGUCUUUGGGGUCACUUUUGAGUGUUUUGCCUCCCCAUUCAACUGUUACUUUAAGCAAUACUGUUCAGCGUUUCCAGACACUGAUGGCUUCUUUGGAUCCAGAGGACCUUUUUUAGACUUUUAUCCUACAAGUGGAUCUUUUGAGGCCAAUCCACCAUUUUCAGAGGAACUGAUGGUAGCCAUGGUAGAUCAUAUUGAAAAUCUACUUGAGGAGACUAAUGAACCACUUUCAUUCAUUAUCUUUAUUCCUGACUGGAGAGACCCACCUUCAGAAGCCUUGCUUCGUUUAGAGAGUAGCAAAUUUAAAAGGAAACAGUUUGCAUGUCCUGCUAAAGAGCAUGAAUAUCGUCAUGGGUUUCAGCAUAUGCCAUUAGCAAAGGACAAAAUGAAUGUCAAAGCAGCUUUCAGCACUCUGGUUGUCUUUCUUCAGAAUGAUGCAGGCUAUAACAAAUGGACCCCAACAACAGAGAAAAUUAAGGAACUCGUACUAGCAUCUAAAAUUAAGGAUCCAUUGUCCAGCAGUUCUUUACCAUCAUAGAACAUUCUCAAGGUAGCAUAAGUAUGUUGAGCAACAUUGUCUAAGUCACCUUCAUACAACCUUGUCACUUUGCCUACCAACUCCCCAUCCUGCAGUGAUCUGUUUUUUUUUGUUUUUUUUUAAUACAAAUAACUUUUUCUAACAAUUUUUUUUACUGACUGGAACAUGCAAUGAACCCAUAGAGUAGCAUUGCUAACUACAUGGGAAAAGUAAGAUUAUUUUUUAUUUGUGACUUCAAUUUUUUUGUCUUUUUGUUUUUUUUUGUCUAAACAGUCUAAUAAUUGACAUGUUGUCCACGAGGUAAUGAUGUGAAGAUGCUGAAUGAUAUCCAGCUAAACGGACCAACAUUAACUUUAUUUUAUGUAGGGUUUUGACAGUAUCAAAGUUUUCUGAUUUGUUUAGACUUACAUUUAUAUUGUUAAGGAAACUUUUGUCUGCACUAUUUUUAAAACUUAAUUUCUUAGUAAGUAGGCAUUGAUGAUUAAUAAGAAAAAAAAAAUGUCUCACAUACCUAGUUCUUUGGUCUCAGCCAUUGUUUCAUUUUUAGAUUUAUUUCAGACAUAAUAAAGCUGGUACUCUCCUAUAUGUCCUGUCACAUCAUAAAAAUGUCAUAACUUAUUUUGUCUGAUUUCCAAGUUGUUUUAUUUAAGGCUUAUAUCAGAUUUAAUUUUAAGAGAUGAACUUUUUUGUUUCAAGUGAUAAAAUUAGUAGAAGACAUUUUAUUUUUAGUUCAGUUUUAUCAACCUUUUGAAAGAAGUGAUCAUGAUAAAUAAAGUAAGACUUGAAAUAAACUUGGGAUUUUUUUUUAUCCAUUUUGUAAAUGUUUUGAAGGGAAGGAUGUGGUACAAAUUCUUGUAUGGCUACUGGCAAUAUCAUUUAAAAAUAAACCACUUGUAUUGAAUGUUUUAAAAUCCUAACCAUAUUCUUAACUUUUUUCCUUGUAAAUAUUACAUUUCUUUUUCCCCAAGCAACUUGCGCUAUGAGAAUUAUUUGUCAUGUAUUCACUGUAAAUAUUACCUUCUUUGCCUGAUUGUACUCUUGAAUAUGGUUUGUAACAAAUAAUAAAUGUUUUUUUUUCUUUUUGAAUCUUGUUGAGCAGGUUGAAAGAAUAAACAUGAAUAUAAGAGUACUAAACAUUCAACCCAAAAUUAUGAUGAGAUUAAGUCUUAUUUUUUUAAUUGACUCACUAGGUUCUGAUACCUUUUGUUCUACUAGAGAUCUAAAUACAAAAGGAUAAAGGGUUUCAUUAUUAUUCAUUUGCUCAGAUUUUCUAGAUUUUUAAAAAUUUUCAAUCUAGCAACACAUAUAAUAUGUAAAGCUACAUCUUCACUUAUAAUGAUUAUCUUGACUCCUUAUGUUUUUAGUGCUUCAUAAAUUGUAUAAAAACAUAUUAAAGAGCAUAAAAACAAUAUUAUGUUAUUUGUAAAAUUAAUACAUUUCUGAAGAAAUAAUUGUUGAUAAUUAUCUUUAUGCAUUUUCCUCUUAAAAAAAAAAGUCAAUCAUCAAGAUAGCCAACAGAAAUGUACAGAAGUCAGCAAAGUGUUGAAAAGUUUGCUUGUUGUUUUCCUCAAUGUUUGUAGUUGCUUUAGUUAGGUCUAACACAGUCAGGUAAUAGCAAAAAAAUACAAAAUUUGUUUAAACUCAGGGAACAAAGGAAUAGUUUAAUAAAAUAAAUACAUACAUUCUUUCAAAAUAAAGGAUAAAUAUAAUUUGCUGCUAAAUGAUAGCAUAAAACCUUAACCAAUCUCAAAGACAGUUACUACAUUUCUGAAAUUUUAUUAUUGUAAACUUAUUCUCUUUAUGACAUCAUGACACUGUUCACUUUUUGUUUCAUUAUGAAACAAGCUUCCAAUCCAACAAAAGCCUUCUGUUUUUAUCUUAUAAUUUUGUAUUUAACCUAAAUUUAACUUUGUUUUAUGUAUUUAUAUUUUGUUUUAUUUAGUUUCGAAGAAUGGUACAGUUUAUAGAGAUAUAUUUUAUAAACUAAGCUAAUUAUUGUGAAAAAUAUAACUUCAGAAGUUAGAUUUAGAAUCAGUUGUCUAAAUGAUACCUUCAGUUUUAUCCUUCAUAAAUGGAAGUUUUAGUUUAUUUUUGUGUGUUUGUGUUUAGGGGUUUCAUUAGAGAUGGGCUCUAAAUUACUUAUAUAUAUACAUAUGUAUAUAGAAAAGUGCAAUACUAAAAUUUCACGUGUCUGUGUCCAUUUCAUUCACAUUGUAAUAUAUACAUUAUUUUGUCCUUAUUCUUUGUAAUAUGACAUGUUCUUGUUUUGUUUUAAAGCAAUUAUGAAAUAUUAUUUUACUUUCAUUUCAAAUUCUUCUGAAACAUGUGUAUGACCCAUUAUAUUAUUUUGAAAUGUUGUAUCACUGUGAACCUUUAUUAUUUUUCAUAGACAUCAAUGUAUAUGUGUGAGAUAAAAUCACAUUUGCAAGGAUCAUUCUGACAUGGUGAGCUACUUAUCAUGAAGCAUUGCAUGUCUCCACUCAGUAUCAUCAUUUCUUGCUAUGAUGAAUGUGCAGCUAAUGUGAUCUUUUGUUUUCUGUGCAAGAGAAGAAAAUAGUCAACAGAGUUUUGCUACUCAGGCAAAGUAAGCUGUUUAGUGAAAUUCAUCAUAGAUGAAGAAAGAAACUGGGACAGUAUUUGUUCCUUUUUUCUUGUCAGAUAUACCUGUAUUAUAAUUAGUUCAUUGGUAUUUUCUUUGUACAUUAUUGAAAUUAACAUGGUGUGAAUAGUAUAAAAUAUACAUCUGGAUAAAAUCUUUAUCUGACUACAAAUUAUGUUUAAACAGAUUUGGUCCCAACUUUCAAACUCUGGAAUGGAAGGCAAGCUAGGUUAAUUAGGUUGAAUGCUACAGAACUGAUUCUCCCUUGUAAAAAUGUUGUUAGUUGAUGCUUUUGUCCAUCCUUGAUGAAUUGCCCAGUGUUUUGAAUGUGAGGUUGUAGAGAUUCUGUAUUUAAACACAUUAUAUUAUUUCUAAAUAAAAAGGUAAUCAUAAGAUUCUAAUAUGAUCACAACAUUAGGCAUCUAAUAUGGGUAUCAAUGUUUUCAAAUAUAUUACAGUUCAAAUUACAAUUUCAUUAUCUGAUCUAUAUUCUGUUUGUUUUUGUUUCUCAGUUCAUACCCAAAUAUGCUGGGUUUCUUUAGGUUUUAAUUUUCUCACUGGCUUGUUUUCAUAAAAAAAGCUUUGAGUUUGGCUAACAAGAUCUUCUGUCUCUCUUUUUGUUUGUUUGAUGCUGUCACCAACAGAAAGCUGUUUCCAUGUCACUUGCAAGCUCAUUUUUAUUUCUCUAUCCUUAAGAACAUUUUUAACAUGAAUUAUAUUAAGCUGAAACAUAAUUUCUGCUAGGAUGUGGUAUAACUUAACUUUUAGUGUUUUGGACAAAAGAGUUUGUUCAGUGUAAUAAUUUUAUUUUGUUUGUCUAAAAAAAAACUACUAGAUGUAUUUCCAUGAGAGUGUUUUGUUGAACUGAUGUGAUUGACUUUUUUUUUUUUUUGGCUGACAUGAAUUAACUUUGUUAUUUUAUUUUGGCUGACAUGAAUUUGUUAUUUUAUUUUGGCCAUUAAUGUUUGUUUGAAACUACUUGUUGAAAGGCAGCAAUAAUUUAUUUAGUUGGGUGAUAAUACAAUAGUAGGAAAAUUGUUUUGUUUUGUUUUAUGCUAUGUGCUGACUCAGUAUGAAUCUGUGUUACAAAAUGUAUAUAUAUUUUGAAUAGUACAUUUAUGCCUACCCUUUCUUAUGUGUGUGUGUGUGUUUUCAUAUUCUUCAUUUUUGAAAUGUGAUCAUUUAGUUUAAUUUUCAAGAUUUGUUGUUGUUUUCUUUUUUAAUUCAUACUUUAUUUUUAAUAGUCCUAUUUUGUUUAAUGUUUCAUCACCCUUGUAAUAAGAAAUAACUGUUGAUAUAGUCUUGACUUGCGAAUCCCUUCCCUCCAAACUUUCCAGGUGUUAAUACGCAACAGAUUUGACCCUGGUUUGAAGUAACAUCUUUUAAGAGAAUACUCAUUUUUAUUUUCCUUUAAGUGUCAUUGUCCUCCAGGACUAAAGUUUGUUUCUUUUUCAUUCCUCCAUCAGAUCUACUUGGCAUGCACUCUUGUUAUAUAGCAAGACUUAACUGGCGUGGUUAAAGAGUGCUACGAGCUAAGGAAAAAAAAAAAGUGUUGGUUGCCUUAGUUUGGAGCCUGACUUAAAUCAGAUGAAAUGGUCUAUUUUAUCUUCCUCAUGCCUUUAUAAAGAAGCUAACCUUCCCCAUCUAUUGACCAACACAUUACCACCAAGUGUGAAGUUAUUUUUUGAGUUGGGGAAUACUAAAAUAUAAUUGUACACUGUUUCCUGGUUGUACAAGACAUAACUCACAUACAAAGUAAUCAAAAUUUGUUAUAUUUGAAAAGAUAUAUAUAUAUAUAUAUUUUUUACCAGUACUUCAAUCUAUUUUUAAUUAUUUAUAAAAACAAUUUUUUUUGUGUUCACUGUAGAUGUUAGGUCAUUUUUAUCUGCCUUGUUUUAUUAAUUUAUAUGUCAAGCCUUUCAUAUCUGGCAGUGUCUCAAAUUGAUGCCAGAACCCUGAGUUUCUGGGUACUAAAUAUCUUACUAUAAAACUAUUUCUUUUAUCAACUGUAAAUAGUUCUUUUUUAUUAAUGCACUUCUUAUCUUAUUAAAAAGCCAUGGUAUUGAGUUCACUAAAAAGAAAAAAAAUAUUUGUAACUUUUAAAAUGUUUUUUAUGUGUUUAAUAUGUUGUUAUUUAGAUAACUUGAAACAUUUUUUUUUUGUUUUCAUUAUUAUCCGUUUCUAAUUUUUAAGAUUAUCCAUUUUUUCAUUUCUGCACCAGUAAUGUUCAAGCCUAGAAAGGAAUGUCAAAUCAGGGCAGCCUGUUCAGGUGCAUGUGUAUAAGAUAAAAUGUAUGUACAUAAUAUUUGAAUAUUUUGUAUCUGUUUUUGUUCCUUAAGUGUAAGUACUGUAGUUGUGAAGUGCUUCAGAAAAAUGAAGACAUAUGCAGUUCAAUUGUUUCUCAAAACCCAGUUAUGUCUAGGAAACUCUUUGGUUUGAUGAUUUUCUAUUCUUUUGUUGAUACCAUUUUUAUUUCCACUCUUCCUUACUCUUUACAAACCUGCAUACCUCUUGUAGUGAUCAGUUUCUCUCCACUUGUUUCUUGUGUUACUUCUAUGCUCCCCAACCCAUUGUACCUUUUUUAAAAGUAUAGUAAAGAAACAAUAAAUAGAGAAGAAUAAUUUCAUUGCUGUAUAUAUCUUCUUUCUCUCUUCUUGAGCACCACUACUGACAUAGGUGUCAGAAAGUUGGUCAGUGACAAUAGCUGUUGAUCAGUUUUUUAGUUGCUGUUUUAUUUUUAUUUUUUCAGUAUUUCAUAUAAAGAGAACAUGUAUGAAUUGUUUAUGCCAGUGAGGCAGUGACAAACUAAUUGGAUACCAUUUAUUUUUCCUUAUUUUUCUCUUUUUUUCAAUAGCUUCAUACUUUCACAUGAAAUGAGAAGAAAUUCUCUCUGUUGUUUGUUAAUACAAAAGAUAAAGAUCAGCUUUAAAAAAACACUGACUAGAUUUGACUGAUGAAAGAAAUGCUGAGCUGUCUUGGCCAUUUAUUGAAUGUAGUGGGUUUUUUUUUAUUUUUGUUUCAUCCUUCCUUCAUUUUUGUGUUUCUACUUCAUUGGAGUUGAUUGAAUCAAUGUUUUUAAAGUUUCAUGCUUACAGUUGAUAUGCAAGUACAAAAAAAUAUAUAUAUAUACAUCACUACAUAUUAUGUAUUCUUUUGACUAGUUCUACUUGUGGACUUGUCAUUGUCACAUUCAUGUAUUAUCAUUUAAUAUGUUUUAACACUAGCACCAUUAACUCUCUCUCUCUCUCUCUCUCUCUCUCCCUCCCUCCCCCCCCCCCCCCCCCCGAAAGUAAGAUAAAGUUACCAUUUUCUAUUUUUUAGGGUACAGGUUUAUCAAAUAAACAAGAAAUAUAAGUUCAUUUUUUUUUUAUAGUUCAAGUCUUGUGGAGAUCUUGAUAUUUAGAGAAAAUUGUCUAAUGUAUAAAUACUUUUAAAAUUGUGUAAACUAUUUAUUUUAAUAAAACAAAUCAAGUGUAUAUUAAAGUUUUGUGUAAAAGCACUUGAAGUGAUGUGCAUAAAAACUUGAAGGUACCUAGAGAAAUUCAGUUGGCAGCCUGUCUGAACUGAAUUGACUUAACCUUGAUUUUGUGUGUCCAUUAUCUCUAGCCACAGUCAUAGCUACAGUAGGACUAAUCAAGUGUUUAUUUUUCAUUCCUUCCAAUGUAUAACUGAAGUUGCCAACUAAGACGUUUCAGGAGCUCCUUGAACAAAUGACUUUAUGUUAUGCACUUCAGACAUCACAUUGGAAACUUAGUGCAGUAAGGAUCAAUUAUGAAGGAUUGUCAGAAGCUUGUGUCUACAUGAAGCAAAAAACUGGUUGCUAGAGAUGCUAAAACCUUCAAAAGUGGCUUGAAA